AUGGUCGACAACUUGUGUCGCCAGAUCGAAGCUGAUAACCUUUCUGGCGUGGAGGAAGCCAUUAAAGCAGGCGUUCCGAUAAAUCAGUACUCGGCAGCGGGGCUUACCCCUCUUGGAACUGCAAUCAUCUGUGGCCAUUUUGCUAUCACACAGUUUCUUCUCAAUAAAGGCGCCGAUAUUAGCCUUGGAUAUAAAUCAGAUCUGUGUCUUGACAAGACUCGUGAGCAGUCUGAUUUGCCCGAAGUAUGUGCCGCGAUUCAUUGCGCAUCUGUCUCUGGAUCAGCGGAUUUGAUCCGCUUGCUCGUCGAUCAUGACGCAGAUAUAAAUGACUCCAGUGGAAUCGACUAUGGUGCUCAAAUGCUUCCGUUGUUCUUAUCGAGAGGAGAUGCAACCAAAGCGCUUAUUGAACUCGGCGCAGAUGUGUCUCGAAGCAACUCAUCUGGCUUCACCCCUUUGUUGCAUGCGAUGGCGCGAGAAGAUGUCUCAUCCACUAGGCUGCUUGUGGAGAGUGGUGCAGAUGUCGAGGUCGAAAGAAAAACAAAAUAUCGAGUUAGGGUACCAGUAGAGAAUAGCAAAGAAGACACAGAAGAGCGUCUUGUUGAGGGAACAUCUUCGCCAAUGAUGGUUGCGUGUCAUCAAGGCCGCCUCAGGCCUACGUCUUUCGAAAUGAUCAAGAUACUGGCCUCCGGUGGAGCCGAUGUCAAUCGGCGCUACUAUAUCAAGACUACCGAGUGUGAUCUCAGUUUCACCGUAUUGUCUUUAAUUUGCGGCUCUCGUACGCCCACCCCUUUAGUAAAGGGGGCUUAUGCCAAAAAGGAUCAAUACGGUGAGAAAGAGGUGGCAGCGAUCGGAGAACUCAUUGCUGCCGGUGCAGAUGUCAACAAUCCCCCGAUCAUUACUUAUUUAUGUGAGGGAGAGAUGCCUUUUAAGGAUUUCGAAUCCCGUUUUGAUGUGAUCCAGAAGCUAGUCAAUCAUGGUCUGCACCUUGAUGCCCACUCGUGUCGAGAUCCGCUAUUGGCUCUUCUGAAGUCAUUUACCAAGCACCCAGAAGCUGAAACCCAAUUCAUCAGUAUAGCAAGUGUAUUAGCUAGAGCAGGAAUGAAGUUAGAUCUUCUCAGGGACGAGAUGGAGCUGGAUGGUCUGCCAGCAGAUUUCUAUAACCAAAUCCGAAGUAUCAAUAGCGACAAAUAA